AUGGCGGCGAAGGUGACCGGUAUGAUCAAGCUGGCGCUUCCAGCGGGCAAGGCCAACCCCGCACCGCCUGUGGGCCCCGCCCUGGGUGCCAAGGGCGUGAACAUCAUGCAGUUCUGCAAGGAGUACAACGCGGCCACUCAGGACAAGGCGGGCAUGAUCAUCCCCGUGGAGAUCACGGUGUACGAGGACCGCAGCUUCACCUUCAUCCUCAAGACGCCCCCCGCCAGCGUGCUGCUCAAGAAGGCGGCGGGCGUGGAGUCGGGCAGCGGCGAGCCCAACCGCAAGAAGGUGGGCAGCGUGACGAUGGAGCAGGUGCGCGAGAUUGCGGCCAUCAAGCUGCCAGACCUCAACUGCACCGACCUGGACGCCGCCUGCAACACCGUGGCGGGCACCGCCCGCAACAUGGGCAUCACCGUGGAGGCGUGA